AUGGCUCUUCAAUCCAAUCUCUACAAACAGAUUCAGUUCGACCAGAUCCGGACACUUAACGAAGCGACCGUUCGGUCGGGAGCAGCAAUCGUCCAGAAGGAAUGGCGUGACAGACUCCAAGAUACUCCUGUGCUCGAGAGUGAUGCUGACGAACAACUGCUCAUGCACAUUCCGUUUGCUGGCUCUUGCAAACUGUAUACCCUGCUGAUUCGCACGUCUGAUACAGCUUCCGCACCUCGAAAGCUCAAGCUGUUCCGCAAUCGUGACGACCUUGAUUUUGGUAGUGCUUCAGAUCUGCAGCCUACUCAGACCAUCGAGUUACCACGUACCAACGAAGUGGCGGAGAUUGCUCUCAAUCGUGCCCAUUGGAACACCACGACGUCAAUCGACUUGUUCUUCGAGGACAACCAUUCCGAUGGAGAGGAGGAUGUGACUAUGCUGUAUUAUCUAGGCUUCCAGGGUGACUUCAUGGCUCUGAAUCGCGAGCCGAUUAGUGUGCUGUAUGAGGCUGCGGCUAAUCCCAGUGAUCACAAAGUGAUUCAAGGGUUGACCAACACGAAUCAGCAGUCGUUGGGUCAGUAA